UGUGUUUUUCGAAUAUUGCGUAGCCUACUUAAAUAAACUGAGAGCAAAAAAAAAAAAAAAUGAAAUGUCCAUCUCUUUAAUCUUUACUUCUCUUGUAUAGAAAGACAAGAUUCUCUGUAGGCAUUUGGUGCUUUAAACAAAAAUUAAGCUCUAAUGGAUAAUAAGAUCACUCUAGAAAAAGAGCAGAAUUUGCAGCAUACCUCUACGUGGGCAGUAGCUGUGGUUUGCUUCGUCUUACUAUUUAUUUCGAUUGUCAUCGAAAAAUCUAUUCACAGAAUUGGAACCUGGUUAAAAAAGAAGCACAAGAAGGAUUUAUUUGAAGCUCUUGAAAAGGUCAAAGCAGAGCUUAUGCUGUUGGGAUUCAUAUCACUACUCCUCACAAUUGGACAAACGCCAAUCUCAAAAAUCUGCAUCUCCAAGCAUGUUGCAUCGACAAUGCACCCUUGCAGUGCUGCCCAAGCUGCAAAGAUGAAGGCUGCAGAGAAAGAACAUGGAGGUGGAGAAAAAUCCAGACUUCUUUUUGAGUUAGCUGAAUCUUAUAUCCCUAGACGAAGUUUAGCUACCAAAGGUGACGACAAAUGCACAGGGCAGCCCGGGAAAGUGGCUUUUGUAUCUGCUUAUGGAAUCCACCAGCUGCAUAUAUUCAUCUUUGUUCUCGCAGUGGUUCAUGUUAUUUACUGCAUUGUUACUUAUGGUCUCGGAAAGUCCAAGAUGAGGAGGUGGAAGCCGUGGGAGGAGGAAGCAAAGACAAUAGAGUAUCAGCUUUCCAACGAUCCUGCGAGGUCGAGGUUUGCGAGGGACACAACUUUUGGGAGAAGACAUCUCAGUUUCUGGAGCAAGACGAGUAUUACACUAUGGAUCGUGUGUUUUUUCAGACAGUUCUUUGGAUCUAUCACCAAAGUUGAUUACUUAACACUAAGACAUGGUUUUAUCACGGCGCAUUUCGCUCCACGUAACCAAUCAAUUAUUACCUACGAUUUCCGCAAGCAUAUUCAGAGAACAUUAGAGGAAGACUUCAAAACCGUUGUUGAAAUCAGUCCGGUUAUCUGGUUUGCCGCUGUGCUAUUCCUCUUGACCAAUUCAACUGGAUUACAUUCUUACCUCUGGUUACCAUUCAUUCCACUAGUCGUAAGUCUAAUCGCCGGAACAAAGCUUCAAGUCAUAAUAACAAAAAUGGGUCUAAGAACCCAACAGAAAGACGAUAUGGUGAGAGGCGCCCCAGUGGUUCAGCCUGGUGAUGACCUCUUCUGGUUUAACAACCCACGUUUCUUUCUUUUCCUUAUCCACUUGGUCCUUUUUACGAAUGCAUUUCAACUAGCCUUCUUCGCCUGGAGUACUUUUGAAUUCGGCCUCAAGAAUUGUUUCCAUGAUGAAAGCAUUCCAAAUGUGGUCAUUAGACUUUUAGUUGGAGCUUUUGUACAGAUACUUUGCAGCUAUGUGACUCUUCCACUCUAUGCGCUAGUUACUCACAUGGGUAGUCAACUGAAGCCAACAGUAUUCAAUGAAGAAGUAGCCACGGCAUUAGAGAAGUGGCAUCACACGGCGAAGGACCAGACUAAACACGGAAAACACUCGGAAUCAAACACACCUUUCGCUAGCCGUCCAGCCACACCAUUACAUGAAUCAUCUUCAAGCCAUCUCCUUCACAAUGUCAAUAAACAGAGCGUUGGAAGUCACCCAAGUUCUCAAGAACACGACCACUCUUGGGAUCCUGAGUCUCAACACCAAGAAGCUGAAACUUCCACACAUAAUCCUCUUGCCCAUGAAAGCUCAGAGAAAAAGAAGCCGGUUCUCUCAUCUUCAGAACUUCCUCCUGUGAGGACUAGCAAAAGCUUCAGCAAUUCUUCUUUUAAGAAAUGAUGAUUCUUGAUAUCAGUGGGAAUUAUAAUAAUGUUUCUAUUAAUUAAUCAUUGUUGCAUGCAUCUGUUCAUCAUAUCUGUACAAGCUGUUUUCGAAUAUAUAUUUUAUAAGACUCUUGUAUAAUAA